CCGCUGUCGGAGGAGCAGCGCAGAAGCCGACGGCAGAUGGGAAGGCUACACCAGAGCAGAAGACUGCUGCAUCGAAGAGUGCUUCUACUGCGACAGCACAGGUGAGUAGCUUAUCAGGAGAAAAGGCUGCUGCAGCACGGGACGCUAAAAAGGCUAGCAGCAGCACGGCAACGGGCGAGAGUAAAAAGGCUAGUAGUACGACAGCAAAGAGUAGUAAAAUGGCUAGUAGUACGACAACGAGAUCGGAGACUAAGAAAGCGACUGCCCCAAAGACAGAUACUGAUAAACCUGCGAUCCCUUCCACAUCCAAAAAAAUCAUCCAAAAGAAGUCCGAGAAUGCAGCGACUGCUGCAGUAAAGGAGGAGCAUCCGAAAUCUACCCCUACUACGGCACCAGAUCCGAAAUCUACUCCUAAUACGGUACUACAUCCGAAAUCUACUCCUACUACGGCACCAGAUCCGAAAUCUACUCCCAAUACGGUACUACAUCCGAAAUCUACUCCUACAACGGUACCGCAGUCGAAGUCUACUCCUAGUACGGUACCGCAGUCGAACUCUUCUCCUAGUACGGCACCACAUCCGAAAUCUACUCCCACAACGGUACCGCAGUCGAAGUCUACUCCUAGUACGGUACCGCAGUCGAACUCUUCUCCUAGUACGGCACCACAUCCGGAAUCCACCCCUUGUGGAAAUAAGCGUGCUACUCGAGGAGAAAAGCAUCGGCCGCCACAGCCUUUGGAUCGAUCCCUGUAUGAUGUCGAUGAAGAAUAUGGCAAUGGCAUAUGUCUGAGGUCACUCGGCUAGAAGUUGGGUUUUUCAGCAUUCAUCCUAUUUUCUUUUUAUUUUUCAGUUGCAAAACAAGAGAAAGGGCUUGGGUAGAUACUUUCAAGAUAGGUACUUUCAAGAUGGAUACUUUCUUCAAAGGCAGUCGGAUGAUAAGAGUCACUACCUUAUUUCUCGACCAUGCUUCAUGUUAAAGCAGAGAGCAUGGACUCCUCUCGCGAUUCUUCUCGCAAGGAAAGGACGGACAGCUCUAGUACGCGCACACGAUUACACGAAACGAGAUCUGAGACCACUGAAGGAUGCCCAGUCCCUGAAGGGUACUCGAAAGUCAUUUUAUGGCGAUCUAAAAUAUCUAGAUGGAUUGGGAACUUGUUAUCUCAAGAGACUCAUCGACGAAACACCUCCUAGAAUUGAGGAAUAUCUUUAAAACUAGACUCUUUCUCUUGUUGACCUAAAUCGCCGACUCCGGAGACUAAAAACUUUUUUUUUUAACAAUCGUGAAUAUCUGUAAAAGUGAGGGAGUGCAAUUGUUUUUUGUCUCUAAAUUUUCAACGUACUGCAUCUUCUGCCGAAUAUGUGCGAAAUGACUAUGACGCUGUCGUCUUCGAAGGCAAACGGAGAGCGCAAGUCGCCUGCGAAACAGUGCAUCAUAAUUUAAGGCGAAAGAUAUCUGUGCAUCAUAAUUUACCGAAGUAUGUGCAUCAUAAUUUGCAUAUACGUACUCCAAUCGGAGCUACAGCUUCACUGAGCCUAUAGAUUGAGCUUGAGUUCUAAUCGCCGCUAGUGGAGGGCCAGCGGUUUCGACACAGCGCGCAGAAAGUGUGAUCGAGCAUUCAGUGUCUUUUAACCUGCAAGACGUCGAGCAAAUCCAGCGCGCAAGGAAGCUACAGCGACAAUUGGAGGCAACGUUAAGGGCUAGGGUGUGAUGAGGAAGUCGUAGUGGGCGAAGGAUGAUACUGUCAUGGAAUAGGAAGGUUUUGAGCUGUCCUCGUCUACAUAUAGGAGGUCGAGUCUAUGUCAUAGGAGGUUUUUGAGCUACCUAUACUUCAUUAUUCACGUAGUGAAGCAGAGUCAGGGUCCAUUCCUCCCAAGAGCGACAAUUGGAUGCAAAGUUAAGGGCUACAGGAUGUGAUGAGGAAGUUGUUGAGAAUGGGUGUAGGACAGGGUCUGUUUCUUCUAAGAGAUCGAAACCUCGCAAAGUGGCAAGAUCGGAUCAAACUCUGGGAGAAGAUUCCAGACUGGGUUACGGAUGACCCGGACGUCUAUGAAUUGAAGGUACUUCACAGAAGUGACGUCUCUGAAUUGCUGCUAGUAGUACUUGCCCACAGUGUAAGUAAGAGUGACUAGAUGAAGACCGUAGAUAACGCAUGUUGAGUAAAGAGUAGGCGAGUGCAUCCCCAUCUAGUGGGCUGGCGAAUGCUUGUUACCUCUUGCUCAGAUCGAAGGCUCGUUCACAGCAGAUGUCUAAGACUUCAGAUUUUUAAGACUUCACCGCUUGUAAUUUUCCACUCGCGUACGCGUAGUUUUCACCUGAGAUUCUGCCACCUUUCUUGAAGGUAAUAGGACAAGGAAAUGCGGCUUACUUCGUGGCACGUUGUAGACUUUGCGAUAAGUUCGCUUUUCCCGAAGAUAGCAGUCGUGGGUAUAAUAGUAACUAGUGAGUUGUAGCAACUACUAGCUCAUACAUUAGUGUUUACCAAAUCGAUUCUAUGAUUAUCUCCUAUCCUAUCUUAUCCUAUGAAGGUUGUAUUCGAAGGAUCGCCUUGGGCGCAUUUCGUGGCACAUUGUAGACUCUGCAACAAAGAAGCUUUUCCAGAGCAGCAUUUAGGGUAGUCUUAUUUCACUGUGGUAUUGAUAAUUUUCUGUUUGUUUCAUCUACUUGUCUCCAAUCCCUUUGCAGUCAUCCUCAAGUGCGAGUAGGUUAGUGUUUAAAAGGAUUAGCAGGUAAUUGUUAUCCACUAGGAGCAAAAAACCCAGUAGUGCCUUGCACGAGCAGUAGGUUGAAGAUUUAUCUCUAUCGUUUGAGCUUUCCCUGUCUUUGUUGUCCAAAUCUAGUGUUCUUACUUCAGCUCUUCAAGCGCUGCACUUUCCUUAUUCAUUCUCUUAUUUCAUUAUAACUGCUAACAAACUAAUGGUUGUUCCUUUACUUUGCGCCAUUCUUCGCACCCACACAGCAAUACACAUCGCGAGAGCGCGCUGCACCAGAAAAAAUGGAAACAAUAUGCUAAGGCUAGUCUUUCACUCUCCCAUGUAGAUUAUGCUGAGGGAAGUGCCCCUCGAGCUAGAGGGGAAACCAGAGCGAAAGCGGGCAACUCAUUCAACCACCGAUAGUGAAAAACUAGCGCUAAAUAUGAAAUCUAUGGCGCGCAUGGCAUGGAUUUAGUUCCUACGACGGGACCAGACCAGAAUGGAGGCACAAACUUUAUGUCGCCCCCGCCGAUGGGGCCAAGGACUGUCACAGGAAGUACUGCUCUUUCAAGGACUGAGUGACUCUGCUUAGAUUCUUGCUGGGUCCUCUCAUUUUCUUUUCCAAAUCAAACCCGCAAUCUUUCUUGCGAAGACUUAUCAUGUGAGGCCCUAGUACCAUCUGAAGACGUGCCAGUUGCAUUUACGUACAACUACAGCACUAGUUCCGAUCGCCACAAAGCCAAUCAGUCUCCCUCAAUCUUUUUUCCCACAAGGUAACUUCGACAAUCACAUGCCAGAGUUGGCAGAGUGCGCAAGGACUUUGACACGACUGCCACCAGAUGAAUGGAGGAGCAUUGGUGAACACAGGAGUGGAAUUUUACAAGUCGAUGUGCAACAAAGCGAAAGGAUUACGAGGAGGACUAGUAAUCAUAGUAAUCAUCUACAUAGUAAGUCGGAGUAAUCAUCUAUAUAGUAAUCGACUUUUUUAGUAAGUAGGAGUCAACACUCGUACAUCAAGGGGAACAACUUAUAACUAUUAGUAAGUAGGAGUAGCAGGUGGAGCUAGAUGGCUUGAUAAUGUUAACGGUAGUCCACACUACAAGAAGAGUACAGCUAGACUCUUCUAGAAUUAGACUAGACCCUAUGUCUGAUGCAAGAAGAGUAUGAUGAUACACUAGCUACAAUUGUAUGCUGAUACUCAUUUACAGGAGAUGAAGCAAAUGAUUUACCUCUACUACGAGAACCAAUCUCUUCUGGCUAGAUUGUUCUCACUUUCAACCAACCUCAGGUGUCAGUCACGGGCAGCGUGAUGGACCCCAACGGACGACUAGUGGCCCACGCGUUGGCGAAAGUGACCCCUUUGUGUGCCAACCUGUGCGACGACCGGCUCCCAGGCCGCCACGUGAGUCAAGAAAUGUUACCACUCCUUUAAGGCAAGUAAGGAUAACAACUCACGCUCUAGUCAGUCCUCGUAGGGUUGAGGCAGUAAAGCUCAGCACGAUUCAGGGCUUCCCAGUAUAUCUUUGGGAUGAAGUUGUCCUCAAAGUCUCCAUGUUACAAUGCUCCGGAGUGGUCAGAGUAACAGUUUCUCCUAGACUUGGAUGCAGGCACAAUCUUCGUAGCUAAGUAGUACUAGUACUUCUGACUUUGCCACCCCUAGAACCCUUUUCCUCUAACAAAAACCACGAAUGAGCGCAGCUCUGCAGAGACGAGCGGCACGCCGAGUAUUACGCAAGUCGCUCCGAGUACGAUAGGUCGAGGCGCCAGUCCCUCCAAUGACAAUUUUUCACCCGCUGACAGAACGCUGGCCUCUUAGUACGGCUACAGGAAAUCCAUCUUGGUCCUUCCGUUCUUCAACAGGGAACAGGCAACAGGGACCCAAGAGGGGUCUGCAGACGGACACAAGAUCAUGAGUCUCAGUUCUAAUCUUACGGAACGUUCGAGCAGCAAGGAGCGCAAGACGCAGACCAGUCCUCCAUCAUGGACCGAUCGGCGAUAAACCUAAGUCAAAUUCAUGAGUUACCUUCUGUCGCGAUCGCAACCAGUUUUGAAGACAGGCCGCCGGGCGCUAUUCUUAAGGGGAGCGGUUUUUUUAGAAAGUCGUAGUCUUCUUCUAAGUUUCAUAUCUAGAAGUUGAAGGAUGAAUUCAGUAGCUUACCCUUAUUGACCUCAAGUAGCGCAUGCUAUUCCUAGAAGCACUGUCAAGAGUUCUUACAUGCUACUUCUUGGGAUGAAUAUCUUCUAAUACCCAACUAUCUGGGCAUCAAAUUGCGACACCUAUGCUUUUUCAGCCGAAUCCCGAGAACCAAGGACUGAGUGAGCAGCAAGUUUUUACCAUCGCAAGACAAAUUAUGAAGGACAAGGAUACACUCACACUCAAAAGAGUGGCUAAGAAGGGCCAUAUCAGGGCUACACAUAUGACAAAUUCACUCACGCGCAAAAGGGAAAUAGCGCCUAUGACUUUCCACGAGGAAAAGAGCCCUCUAUUUUUGAAGAGAAAAAGGUACUCUAUUUCUGAGGAAAAUAGAAAGAGUCCUCUUUUCCAUCUGAGGAGUGUUAGUGUUUUCUUCUCUCUUCAUACGCAAGCUGAUUCGCGACGUGCCGCCCGAAUGGGUUAGACAAGAGCCGGAUGUGUACCAAGUUCGAUACAAAGACUGCGUGACCUAUGAUAUGGCGCAAAGAAGACACGCAGCAUCAUUUACUUCAAGUACAAUCAGGCCCAUCAAGGUUAAAUCAGACACACCUGUUCGUGUUCAACUAGUACACCCACUUAAAGCGCAAUGGGUUGAAGGGUUUAUCUUAGUACUUUGUAGUGUAGGCAAUCCGUGGUAAGAACGCAGCACUUGCUGGUGGAGAUAGCUGGAGCGGAAAAAGAGGUGCAAAAAUUGCUUAAUAGAGUUCCAAAUCGAAACCACAUCUAACUAUUGUAUCACUUUUUGUUUUUUCUUUGUCUUCCCUAGAAAGAUAGGUCUGCUCCACCGGGCAUACUAUGAUGCCUUAUCGAAGUACCCUCGGGUUUUCUAAUCUCCGUUAUUUCGAAGCUCGGUGUAUCUUGUGCGACAGAAUUUGCUGGCCUGAGGAUCAUCGUGGCAAUACGCAUCGCGAAAGCAGAGACCACAAAAUUAAGAAUUCAUCUCUUAACAAGAUCCAUCUUGGAGGAGUUGAAGAUACGGAGCUCGAAGAUUUUGGAAUUUUUCAAAAUUCCGUCAGCGCCACCAUUUUCUAAGUCGUAAUUAGAGCUAAGGACUUACUACGUUUACACGUUUUUGCAUCUUCUUCGAGAGUGCUACGUUUCUAUCCUCAGGGGCUUCUACAAGAGCAUUCAACAUCAUUGGCCUCUUUUUAAAGUAGAAGUAGAAAAACAGCGGCCGCAGAAGAUGAAUUAGUGUCCCCAAGAGGAAACAGUCGAAGCAACGGAGCUCGAAGAUUUUGGAGUUGUUUGGAAUUUGGAACUGGAGCCAGUUCUAAGGCCCUCCAAUUGUCAAAAUUUGAAAAAUUUGAGUGGGGACGUCUUCUAACAGAAGGUUGUAUGGGUAUCACGUACAGCGCCGUCGAAGUUUGGAAGACCAGUACAGGACUAUGGACUUUCUCAACAUGAUCCCUGAGGAUGACGAGGACGCCGAACAGAGAUCACGCCUACAACGUGGAGGGUUACACUUGGUGCAUGAAAAUCGUCCAUCUGGUGGUGGAGGAGGAGGUGGAAGUGGGAAUUUUGGAAGUGGGAAUGUAGGUGGAGGAGGUGUUGCUGGAGGUGGUGGAAGUGGGAAUUUUGGAAGUGGGAAUGUAGGUGGUGGAAGUGGAAAUGUAGGUGGUGGAAGUGGGAAUGUAGGUGGAGGAGGUGUUGCUGGAGGUGGAGGAGGACAUGUAGGUGGCACCGGAGAACGAUCGGGAAACGUAGUUCCGGUAGGUGGAGGAGGACGCUCGCAACGACAAGCUCCUCUUCAACAGAAACGUGCUGUAGGGCUGGUUUUUGAUCGGGUUUUUACAUUGUUAGAAGUUUCGUCACUACAAUCUCGUCACAGAUUAUGGAUGUAUUUUUUUGCUCUAAUUCCUCAUCCACGUCCUCAGCAGCAGCAGCAGCAGUCUCUGUAUAGUUCCGAGACAGAGUCGAUCGUCGACACUCUGAGUUCUACAGUGAAUUAAGAGUAGAAGCACUUCAUUUUUACAAGCCUUCUUUAGUUAAGAAUGCCAGUGAAAAAUGAAUUGUUUCAACAUUUAAGUGAAUAUCGACACUCUCAAUAGUGGCACCACGAAAGCUCUGCAUACGGGAGUUUUGACUAAUUCGAAAAUCAGGGACAUGGAUGCGCGUCAAGUUUUAAGACUGUACUAACCCAUAGUGUCUAAUUCUGGUUGAUUAAGGCUUUUUUUUUGGUUCCUUUCUUUGAGCACAGCUUCCCUCUGAUAUAUUUUUCUGUUAUUAGCUCACUUGAUGACGCUGUAGCUGUCCUGUCACGCUUCUUCCCCAACUUCAAGGGACGCGUGACCCUUCCGCCUUAGGACAACUGGGGAACAACUUUAUAACAUUACUUUUUAGAAGUUCAUUUGAGCACAACUUCUGUCUAUGGAGAGCAACGAACACGGGUAAUUCAUCGGUUAAACCAUCCUGCCUUUCAUCUAAUCGAGGACAACAUUAGUUGGGAUGUAAUGGCUGCGUGUAUGCCUGCUGCACUCGGCACAGUGGAGGAGCUGGCGCAAAACCCUACACCCUUAGAUGUAGUCAUUAAGGCCGUCAUCUUCCGCGUGCUGGUACUAGUACUUGCGAAUGGGGGAGAUGCCGAGAAAAAGCAUUUUCUUGAAUGAGCUUUCAGCUCAACCAUCUUAAUUCUAGGUGUUGUGCAUCUUUUAGCAAGCUCUAUUUAGUUCAAAUCUCUCACUACAAAAUCCUCUUUCCUCUAAUUUCCAUGGUUUCUCCGCUUUUAACCAGGCGAAGCGAACCUUUUUAGACAAGAGCAGCGCUGUUCUUGGGAGAGACAUGGAUAUGACCGCGGCGCCGAACGGCUACGACCGAUGUGGGCUGGGUGUCAUUAUGGGAAAAAGCUGUAAAGCUUCAGCAUCUUGUUCAUUCAAUCCGCCACUAGCGCUUGUGGUUGUGUCUAGAAGGCGGGAAGCAGAAGAAAGCUUCGGCUUUUGUGGUAUCAUCACUCUGAUAACUUCAUCACUCUGAUUGUAGUAAGUGUCUAAGAACGCCGGCACUUUCAACUUGGUCACCACGAAGUGUCCGGCUGGUGGCAAAGGACGUCACUCAAGUGGCCAGAGUAGCUACGCUUCGGGUCGUACCUAUACCAUGAGUAAAUUAUGGGUACAUCAUUAUUAGUCUCUAUGGGCACUACGGACAGUGUCAUCAGGGGCAUAUACAUGACAUUAUUACAAAAAUUGAUUCAGAAUGGAUUCCAUUUGCAAUUAUUACAAAGGGACUCAAGGUUACAAAAUUUAGCUCUGCUGAAUGGAUUCCCUGGAUUUGAGACGCAAUGAUGACGAUGUAAGGAAUAGAAAGGAUGAGCAGUCCACGCUACUACUGAGCCACGGAGAUAUAAUGAUUGCCUACUUCUACCUUUAAAUCAAGACAUGGGCGGCGCACUGUCGAAGAGGAAACUCUCUGCACUUCCAUCCCACAUCGUCGGUCCGCGGACGACCAUGUCGCGUAUCACCACAAGGGAUGGGAGGAGCGUCUACCGUGACCAACUCUCGGGACGCGAGAGCUGCUAUUCUUAAGGCGAGAGAUGACUCACUACCUGCUCUAACUCUAUCUGGUGUGCUCUGUGGCUUUGAUUCUGAGUGAAGAAGUUGUUCUUUCCCUGGUGAUUUGGAGGGGAGACGAUGUUCGCCUUGUGAUUUUUAGGAAAGAAGAGCAAUAGGAAAGAACACAACUCACACAACUGUGAGAGUCUAUCCCCAGAUAGUAAGUGUCUAUCAAACACAGACCAUAGUGAGUCCUCGUUUCUAGCGUUAAUAUUCUACAGUAAGCAUCUCGAAAAACUCGGUGAUAAACAAGAGUUACGGCUUCCCCGAAUCCCUCUCCAGAAGCAUCUCGAAGCUGUCCCAUAAGGGGUAACUAAAUAGGUCCGAGAUGGGUCUCAGGAUCACCGAAUAGGAUGAGCUCUAAAAGAGCGGCCGCGUCUCAGUGACAUGGCAGGAUCACCAGAAUGUCUGCCAGUUGGCGAUGCAAGGUCCCAAAGAAACAGGAACAAGUCCGUAUACUUUCACUUAAGGGCGGUUCGUUUACAGGGUACUAUUUGUAUUUGAUUCAGCUUAUAGCACUAAAGUAAAACAACCGGCUAGCUUUCCUUCUUAUCCUUAGGAUUAUCCCUGCAAGCAAUAACUACAACCCAUAUCCUUCCACAGGGCGACACUCUUGUUGGAAAUUUCGACUUCCCAUCUAUUUCUCAUUUUUCUUCAAGUCAUCUUGCAGAGAUUGAGAGUCACGAUCUUGUAGUUCAAAAUCAACUUGAAACUCUGCUUAUUAGCCAAGUUCACGUUAGCAUGGUUCACCUUAUGAGUUUAUUCUGCUUUUUCAAGCUUGUCUAAGCUUCUUGCAGCGGCAAGGGCAUCUCAGGUCGUCAGCCACCUUUUGAAUGGAUUAUACUGCGGCCAUCGAAAAACAGCCUGAAGUGCGCGGAAGGUAUGCAGUAUUAUUGCCUGUUGUGCGAGUGCUGGCCUUAAGGCUACUGCUGGAGCAUGUUUCCUUAUAGUAUCAUGAUGAUCCUUGGUAGUUCUUUUUCUACCCCAGAAAGAAGCCAAGGAUGCUCGUUGCAUGCGAAGACGAUAGCUCUAAUGGCCGCAAGACGAUGAAAACCCUGGGAUCAAUCAUACCGAUGAUAUGGAUGCUGUUUUUUCUUCCAUCUUUCACAGACCAUCAUCUAGGCUAGUGCGCCUUUUUAGUCCCUUGAAAGUGUAUACGUCCGCUUGAUAAACCUGCAUAAAAAUUUUGAAGGGGAACCUCGAUGGUCAGUUAAAGAUGGGAGAAAAAACAACAUCCAUAGAUUAAGGACCGGGAUACCACGAAAAAAGGCUGGGGUAUUAUCUAAGGCUCUUUCUGACUAUAGUUAGUGGGGAUCAUGUCGAGUCCCUGCCUAAAUAGUACCUUUUAUCUUUCUGGCUAUAGUUAGUGGAGAUCAUGUCGAGUCCCUGCCUAAGUAGUCAUCUUUCUGACUAUAGUUAAUGGGGAUCAUGUCGAGUCCCUGCCUAAGUAGUCAUCUUUCUGGCUAUAGUUGGUGGGGAUCAUGUCGAGUCCCUGCCUAAGUAGUCCCUGCCUAAGUUGAACCAGACGCACCUCUAAUCAACGGCGGAGCAAGACGCGAAGAAGUACGACGAGCCCGAUGGGAAGCGAUCCGCAAGUUUUCUCCCAGAGUCUGGAACCAAGAAUGGACAACCGACGAGAUCGCAAACAUGGUUGGUCUUAGGGAUGAGUACGUUAUUUAGUUUCCGUUACUUUAGUUACCCUGAGAAAGGCAUGCCCAUGCGAAGCCAUGUCAGUACGUAACGGGACCGCUUGCAUUGUCAAUGAGCUUUUCACUUUGCUGCCUAUAGUCGCUACUAUCGCACAAGAUAUAUCCUCAUCUAAGAAUCAAGGAUUUUUUGCUAUCUAUCGUACACUAUGGCCCGAGGAGCAAUUUGCUGUCAGAAGGGCUUUGCACAUGGGUCGUAUGUUCGCAACGAAUUACGUACAGGAAGGGCGUUGCACAAUGCAGGACAUCAUCAGUAACAAAUUCGAUUAUACGGAGAGGCACAAGGAAGAAAUUAUGACAAUGGAUGCUGGAAGUUCUCUUUGUACAACUCAGAGAACAAGUAAAGGCAUGUGUAUGAGACCCUUACUUAGGGUAGUAGUAGUACAUUCAACAACAAGUAAAGGCAUGUGUAUGAGACCCUUACUUAGGGUAGUAGUAGUACAUUCAACAACAAGUAAAGGCAUGUGUAUGAGACCCUUACUUAGGGUAGUAGUAGUACAUUCAACAACAAGUAAAGGCAUGUGUAUGAGACCCUUACUUAGGGUAGUAGUAGUGGUACAUCUGGAUUCUUCAAGACAUUGGCAGUGGUCAUAAGUAAAUGAAUUAUGCCAACAUGAUGCCCGCACCUUUUUGUCAGCACCGUGCGUGUAGACCUGGCACAGGCAACCAACCUAUCCUAUCCUAUACCGCCUUUCGAAGAGCACUUCUCACACCCCUCGUCAUGCUCUUGUUUCGUCUCUAUCGCGAUUUGACCUUUGGGGACGACGUGAACUACUGGGACCAAUGCCGUCAGGAGAGCGAUAAGAUGACGGACGAUGACAGCGGCACCCGCGCGGACAGCGAUGUGGAUGAUAUGGUGGCGCAAAGAGAAGUGAUCAACGAGGACCAGCUGUUCGAAGAACGCCACAGUGCAAAGAGCAGUGCUAACAAGAGCGCAAACAGCAGUGCUAACAAGAGGGCAAACAGCAGUUUUAGUGCAAAGAACAGUUCUAGUGCACCUGCAAACACCAGUUCUUCUAACAAACGUGGUUCUCCUCAUUCUCCUCUCAACAAGCAUUCUUCCAAAAAUACACCAAGCAGUACUAGCUUCACAAAGAGCACCAAUGCUGCACAAAGCAGUAGCUUCAGAGAACUACAGCCUUCUAGUUCUUCUACAGAUCACGACUAUGAUUCAUCGUCUUUCUUUGCUGUGGGUGGAGGAGGAGCAGUGGAGAAUACUAGUAGUACUAGGGACGAAUACUAG